GUGACCUAUAAAGAUUUGGAAACGAGCCUGUUAAUCAGGACCAGAUUGUGACACAAAUCGACGAACAGGGAGAAUGUUGCAGCUUUUCGUAGCAGGUCUGGUGGCGGCAGCCGUUAUUGUCGAGUCUGCCGAUGUGUGCCCGACUGACCCCCCGGGCCUGGUGUAUGCGUGUGCCAAUAGGCCACAGUGUUUGGGGGACAGGUCCUGCGGGUCAGGUCACAAGUGUUGUCCCCACAUCUGCGGCUCCCGAUGUUUCCAGACAGUUCACUGCGACCCGAUCGACUGCGGUUCUCUCACGUGUAACUACGGCUUCCAGCCAGACAGUCGAGGUUGCAAGUCGUGCACCUGCAGGACAUCAAAACCAUGCACUACCUUGCUGUGUAGGCUGAGUGAAACUCUGGGAUGAGGUCAUCGCUCACAGGACAAGACCAUGUGAAAGAUGAAUAAAUCGAGAACUAUU